CCCCAAUUUUUGGCACCUUCCCCAAAUCCUGUUUAGAAACAACUUACAAGUUUUGUUUUUGAAACCUUUUAUAACAUCAUUAAACAUGACUCCGAUAUGCAGUGUUUGCGCCCCCCUCCCCCCUAGUAUGUAUGUAGGCCUAGUAUAUUUAUUAAUCAUGGCUUGAAGAGUACAUCUGAAGCACUGUAAAGCAAGCAUCGUGAUUCCCAUGGCAACAAUGCAGAAUACAGACUUGCACGACUACUCGGAUGAAGAGGAUUGGAGACGUCCUGCAGAGUUACCUCCUCUUCCAAGUUUAUCUUUUGUUGAUGAUGAUGGAGCAUUACCAAACAAGUACAACAAGCAAAUUGGAGAGGUAUAUGCAACGACCCACAAGAGAACUAUCGUUCACAUCGAUAUGGACUGUUUCUAUGCCCAGGUUGAGAUGAUAAGAAACCCGCAGUUAAGAGAUAAACCUAUUGGAGUGCAGCAGAAGUCUCUGCUGGCUACAACCAACUACAAGGCGCGAGAGCUGGGGGUGAAGAAGAUGAUGGGACUGAGGGAGGCCACGGUCAUCUGUCCUCAACUCAUAUUGGUGAACGGCGAGGACCUGACCCAUUACAGAGAGAUGUCCUACAGAAUAUCGGAUUUUUGUCUGAAGUACACAUCAAAAGUGGAACGACUUGGUUUUGAUGAGAACUUUCUUGAUGUAACUGAUCUAGUUUCUGAGCGCUUGAGGUCAAACAUGGAGCACUCUGACCAGGUUGUUGGCUUCACUUAUGGAACUUUAGAAGACGGCAAAGACUGUCACUGCGGGUGUGACGCGAGACUGAAAAUUGGAUCACAAAUUGCUGCCGAGAUUCGACAGGCUCUCUAUCAUCAGCUCAGUCUGACCUGCUGUGCGGGUAUCGCCCACAACAAGCUCUUAUCCAAGCUAGUCGCAGGUCAGCACAAACCCAAUCAGCAGACGACAUUGUUUCCUGGCCAGGCAUCCCAGCUUCUCGCAUCUCUUUCAAAACCUGGCGAUAUUCCUGGAAUUGGCCAUGCCACUGCUAAGAAGCUGUCUUCUCUUGGUGUUCACACAUUGGCUGAUCUCCAGAACUUCCCCAUAGAACCACUGGUAGCGGAACUUGGUGAAACCAUGACAAUGACAAUAAGACAGCUGGCAAGUGGUAUUGAUGACAGUCCAGUGGUUCCGUUUGGACUUCCUCAGACACUGAGUGAUGAGGACUCUUUCCGAAACUGCAGCUCCCUGUCAGCCGUGCACCAGAAGAUAGAGGAACUCCUAGAAAGCCUUCUCAAAAGGUUGCUAAGCGAUGGUCGGGUUCCUCGCACUUUAAGGCUGACAGUAAGAAAGAGCAACACGCAGCAGUAUGGUGGAAGAGAGAGCAGACAGUGUGCGAUCUCAUCGGACUUGUUCAACAAAUUCUCCUCUGACUGUAUGGACAAGGUUCUCAAGGGAUUGACCGUUACAGCUAUGAACCUGUUUCACAAAGUGGUUAAUGUCAAAGAGCCUUUCAACAUUGUCCUUAUGAAUGUGGCAUUCGCUAAGAUGGAGCAGCGAUCGAAAAAUGCCAUCAACUCAUUUUUCCAAACUAGAGCACAACAAGUUCCUGUAAAGUCAGAUGAUAGUGGGAGUCACACUCAGAUUGAACAUGAAUACAACCAACAUGCUGAUGAAAAUGAUCCUAACAAUAAUCAUAAGAGUUUUAAUCUGAAUCCUCCAGAAGCUAAAUCAAUGCAGAUGAUGAAAACAUCCAAGGUUGGCCAAGGUUUCUUCGACUUUUCAAGUCAAGUUAAUAGCUGUAAACCUUUGACUCUGCCUCAGAGUCCUGUAAAAAAAGCUUGUGGUUCUGAGGGAGAAUGUUCUUCUGGUGUUAAAAGAAAAAGCACCAGUUCUUAUAAUGAUUUCGUUUCAACCCAGACUAAUUGCUGUAGUUCCAGAAAAUCAUCUCAGAUGUCUUCAACACUUUGUGCUUCAGAAACAGGACAUAUUUCUGGUGUUAAACGAAAAAACAAGAAUUCUUUGAAAGCAGAGUCCUUUGAACAAAAGCGAUUGAGACUUGUUAAUAAUGCAGACAGCAGAACAGAAUUGGACAAGAGCAAUAGCACUCAUGCACAAAGUGUUUUCAGUAUUGACAACAUUACAAGAUCCCAGCUGCCUCCUGGUGUUGAUCCUGAAGUGUUCCUACAGCUUCCCAAAGACAUGCAACAAGAGGUCAUGCAGGAUUUGUUAACUGACUCUUCUGUCAGGAAAUGCUAUUCAACCAGGGCAUCACUGAGAACUAACUCACUACCUUCAACUUGUAACAAUGAAAUGGUUUCAUCGGUGUCGACUACUAAAGAGAGUGAACUAGCUUUUGAAGGGUCUGAAGUGACUAUGAAAGAUACAGAAGCAGCAUUGGAGGACACUGAAGUGACUGUGAAAGAUACAGAAGCAGCAUUGGAGGACACUGAAGCGACUCUGAAAGAUACAGAAGCAGCAUUGGAGGACACUGAAGUGACUCUGAAAGAUACAGAAGCAGCAUUGGAGGACACUGAAGUGAUCAUAAGAAAUACUCAGACAAAAGUUGAAGACCCUGAAUCGCCCACUGUGCAUACUGAAGAAGUUAUCAAAAAUACUGAGGCAGCUGCCAAAUAUACUGAAUCUCCUACCAAAACUGUCAAAACCUCCACAAAGAGUGCUGAAACGAUUGCUAAACAUAAUGAGGAACCUACUGAAAUUAUUGAAGUGACUGUCAAAAAACCUAAUGCAGUUGCCAAAGAUGGUGAAGCAACUGACGGACAUACUAACAGUAUUUCCUCAGUGAAAGAACUCAAGCCUGUAGAAGUUGUAAGUCCAAGGCAUUCAGUGGUCAUCUCUGAAGAUAAUCUGCAUUUGGGAAUAUAUAAACAUAAAAAGAAACUUUUUAGCCCACGUAAGCUAAGAAACAAUAAAACAGAUGGUAGAAGGGCAAGUAGUAAUGAUGUUAAAUGCAAUAUUGUGUUAGAAGGUAGAGAUGGAUGUACACACCAAGGAGAUGGAAAAUCUGGUAUAGAAUGCUCAGAUGGAAAAUGUGGUAUAGAAUACCAAAGAGAUGGAAAAUGUGGUAUAGAAUACCAAAGAGAUGUACAAUAUGAUAUAGAAUACCCACAAGUUGAAAAUUCUGAUAAAGAAUACUCGGGAGAUGGAAAAUGUGACAUAGAAUGCCAAAGGGAUGAAAAAUCAGUUCUAGAAUGCACAAUAGAUGGAAAACCUAGUUUAGAAUACCAAAGUGAUGGAAAAUCUGGUAUAGAAUACCAAAACGAUGGAAAAUCUGAUAUAGAAUACCAAGGAGAUGAAAAAUCUGGUAGAGAACACCAAGAUGGAAAUGAUUGCUUAAUGAAUGAAGAACAUCUAAAGAUAAAUGCUAAUGUCACAGAUAUUGCAGAUAGUAAGAUGUUUGUUGAUGUUCACCAGGAGCAGGAUGGGGCUGAUUCUGAAGUGGAGAUGGAAAGUAAAACUAUGCCAGCACAUGGAAACUGUUCAAGUAUAGUGGUAACAAGUUCAGAGGAGACCGAAUUUGCAGAUGACAGUAAAAACUGCAGCCAUUUGAUACCCACUUUAGAAAUCGGUUCUUCAACUGUUUCAUCUUCAGAGACAUCAAAACGAACUUCAAACUUUAAGAAACCUGGGAGUUUGAUUGUUCCGCCAGAUGUGGACCCUGAAGUGUUCAGUUCACUCCCGAUGAGUUUGCAAAAAGAACUUUCAUUAGAGUGGGAAAUCAGAAACAUGCAGACAUCACCAAAGACCAAUUCAAGUGCUAAAAAACUGCCAAAGUUAAACAAGAGGAAGGACAGUGACACUAUCCUUAGGUUUUUCAGACAUGAUAAUAAGUGCAACAAGAAGUAGUUUGAUUUCAGUGUUAAACAAAUGUUUGAGAAAGUCACUACCACUCAUGACGGGAUGUAGCCCAGUGGUACAGCGCUCGCUCGAUGUGCGGUCGGUUUAGGAUUGAUUCCCGUCGGUGGGCCCA